AUGUCUAACAACAAUGAAGACGAGUCGCUCCGUAAGCUGUUUAUUGGCGGAAUCAAGUUGGACACGACGGACGAGACCUUCCACGACUACUAUGCGAAGUUCGGCGAAGUUGUCGACAGUGUUAUCAUGAAGGAUGCUCACACGCAGCGCAGCCGCGGCUUUGGAUUUGUCACUUAUGCCUCUAAAGAAGCGGUGGAUGCUGCUAUGUCGAUGCGCCCACACGUGAUCGAUGACAAGCCGGUCGAUGUGAAGCGAGCUAUCCCGAAAGACGCCAUCAACAAGAAUGAGAGCAAUAUUUCCUCAAAGCGUCUAUACGUCAGCGGCAUCAAGGAGGCAACCAGAAACCGAGCGCAAUAUUCAAGGUUGCAAAGCUGCACCAAGCCGAUGCAGAACACGCCGGUGUUUUUGGAAGUGGUUUCACUGCCUCUGCUCACGGAACAGCGCAGCUCGGGAUUCAGGUUGAAACCAUGGCGGAAAUCGAGGGCCGGGUGGGGAACAGCGGCACGGAAGCGUCCAAUCAGUCCACCCUUGUCGAAUUUGCCGAUAAAAUGC